AGGCUGGCCCAGGGACAGGUAUAAGAUGAGGAAGUUUUCUACACCCUCACUCAGUCCUAUUCCAUCAUCAAUAUUCCUUCUUCAUCAACCCUGUUUUUGAUUCUAGCUUUGAGAAAACAAUUAUCACACUAAUCCGUCACGCACAAACCUCCAUCAAAAUGAUUUUCUCAAGAAUUAGCAUCAUCAUCACCUUCACAAGCCUCCUCGAAUCCACUCUCGCCAUGCCCGCAACUCUUUCCCCUCCACAAGACUCAAUCUGUGCCACUGGAAGUCCUCAAUGCUGCGACGUUAAUGUCCUAGGUGUCGCUGAUUUAAAUUGCGAAGCUCGUACAUGCACCCAUUUCCCCUCCGUAGCACAAAACUAAUACGGUGAAAAAUAGCACCAAAAGCAUUCAAAGAUGUAGCAUCUUUCAACAAAGCCUGCGCUACUGUUGGGAAAAUCAACAUGUGUUGCAUACUUCCUAUCGUGAGUUUUCUAUGCUCUUCACUCAAGUAAAUGAAACUAAUUACCGAGAAAACAGUUGAAUCAGGCUCUCCUCUGCAAUUCUCCAGAUACUUCAUAAAGCUUUCGUGCAAAUCCGCGCCACAAUUUUGUGCGAGAUCCCAACAUUUAGCGGUUAUGAUCGAGCUCAUGUGUUUAUAAAUUAUUAUUCUCCGGGCAUUUUGUUUCCUUUGGAAGUUCUGUGCGCACAUGAUGCAGAAGGAUAUCUUAUUCCUGCAGGAGAUCAAGAGAAAAUAGGAGGGGGAAUUACUAUCUAGGCAACAGUAAUACGACUUUGAAUUCUGCAUAUUUGAUUAGGCAUUCUCACAUGGUGCCACUUAUUCAUUGCAAUUCUAAUAGCCACAAGUAUUUAUUUGAUAAAUCUAGAUGACAUGAGCACGAGGGCAAUAGUGAAAAUGAAUUCAAAGAGCUGGUGAGCUCAUGGAUUACCUAAUCGCCUUCAAUGAGUUGGAGGAGAGGAGUGCUGUGAUUUCCUGAUAAAGCUGUUGUCUUUCACAUGUUACGACGGACAUGAGGUCGGACCAAUUUCCGCGUCACAUGACUAAUCACAUGCUGAAGUUGGUCACCUGAUUAAGGAAUCCCA